GACCAGUCAAUACCAAUUUUCAGCCGACUCUUGUUAUUUUUCUUCCUGAGUUUUGGCAAAUUCUAAACAAAGUUAUUUUCGCCAGGAACAAACUAUUAAAAUGAGUGAGAUUAGGGGCGCGGAGAACCUCGAGCGGUUGCGCAACUAUAUCCUGCGACCGGAGCUGUCCCUCCACAAUCCUCUGCCGGAUGUUUUGCCCCGCAAAUUCGAUCCGAUGCGCCUGUUGCAUGCGCCCCGUUGUCCGGCAAGCACCAAGCUGAUUCCUCGCCGGGAUCAGAGUGGCCAGAUACUGGAGUUCGUGGAAGUGGACCUGGAGGAUGUGGGCGCCAGUGCCAACAACUCGAUGUCCAUGCAGCGGGAGCCGGGUCUGCUGGAAGAGGCUACGCGUGGCUCCCACUCCAAUUUUCCCUUUUGGCCGGGUGGUUUCGACGAGCAACGCCAGCAGAUCGCUGCUCUGGAUGUCGGCAACUUUGAGCUGGGGGACAAGCUGUUAUCGGUGCCACCGGGCUUUAGCUCUGGCUACGAUUUCUCCCAAUCACAAUCCGUAACACUGCCGCCCGUGGUCGCCGAUCCCAGUAACGUGGAUCUAUUAGAGAACCUCGAGCAGGAUCUGGACGUCCAGGAAUGGAUAAAGCUUACGCGCAGUGAGGGAACAAGCUCCACUGGACCGCCUCAAAGGGCCAACCAGUCGAACGUGCAACUUCCUUCAGAGGAUUACAAAGAUGUGGACGAUCACAUCAUGAAGGCUGACCUCAAGCCAGUGCUGAACAUUUCUACCACAACGAAGAACUUCAAGAGCGACUGGGCCGAAAUGGUGGACAUAAGCCAACCCAUCAAUGACUUCAAAGAGCAGAUACCGUGCCCCGCCAUGGAUUUCCCCUUCGAACUGGAUGUCUUUCAAAAGCAGGCCAUUCUCAAGCUGGAACAACGCCAGUACGUUUUCGUUGCAGCCCACACGUCCGCUGGAAAGACUGUUGUAGCUGAAUACGCCAUCGCCCUAUCCAAGCGGGACCUCACCCGCACCAUCUACACAUCGCCGAUCAAGGCGUUGUCCAAUCAGAAGUACCGCGACUUCCGAAAGACCUUCAAGGAUGUGGGCCUUAUCACAGGCGACCUGCAGAUUGAGCCCACCGCCUCUUGUCUGAUCAUGACCACCGAGAUUCUCCGUUCAAUGCUGUAUUGCGGCAGCGAAGUCACGCGGGAUCUGGAGUGGGUGAUCUUCGACGAGGUGCACUAUAUUAAUAACCCAGAGAGAGGACAUGUCUGGGAGGAGGUCAUCAUACUGCUGCCCGAACAUGUUAACAUUAUAAUGCUGAGUGCCACCGUGCCCAAUACCUUAGAAUUGGCGGACUGGGUGGGAAGCACCAAGAAAAGAAAGGUCUAUGUGAUUAGCACUUUAAAACGACCAGUGCCUCUGACGCACUUCCUUUAUACUGGUGCUGGAGGAAAGAGCCGUGAUGACAUGUUCCUGCUGGUGGACGCCCAGGGAAAAUAUCUGCAGGGCAACUACGAGAAGGCCGUGGAGCGCAAGAAGGAGAUGCAGGGCAAAGCCAAGGGCGGCGCAACUGGGUCAAAGAACCACUUCAAUGCCAAGCAGGAGCAGUACACCUGGAUCGGUCUAAUCGACUUUCUGAAGCGGAACAACAAGAUGCCAGUGGUGGCUUUCACUCUGUCCCGCAAUCGGUGUGACUCCAAUUUGGCCGCCCUGCAGUCGGUGGAUCUGAACACGGAAAAGGAGAAGGGUGCCGUGCAGAAGUUCUUCCUGCAGUGUCUGGCCAAGCUAAAGCCACCGGACCGUACUAUUCCGCAGGUUCUUAUUCUUAAGGACGCUUUGCAGCGAGGAAUCGGGGUGCAUCACAGCGGCAUCUUGCCCAUUCUUAAGGAGAUCGUGGAGAUGCUGUUUCAGAAUGGGCUAGUAAAGCUGCUCUUCGCCACCGAAACGUUUGCCAUGGGUGUCAACAUGCCCGCACGCACUGUGGUCUUUGACUCAUGCAAAAAGUUUGACGGACUGGAGAUGCGUAACCUGAAACCGGGCGAAUACAUCCAAAUGGCCGGCAGAGCUGGACGGCGUGGGCACGACGAGACGGGUACGGCGAUAAUAAUGUGCAAGGGCAGUGUGCCACCAUCAAUGGAGUUGCGGCCCAUGAUCCUGGGCCUGCCGGAGAAGCUGCAGUCACAGUUCAUUCUGCGCUAUGCGGUAAUCCUCACAUGUCUGCGCAUCGAGAGCAUCAAGGUGGAGGAUAUCAUGCAGUUCAGCUUCAAGGAGUUUAACCAGAAGCUGCAGUUGCCUACGCAACAGAAGCAACUUCGCCUGGCCGAAGACAAGUUCGCCAUGCUUCCAAAUCUCGGCGAACAUCUGCAGCCGCUCGUCAACUUUUACGACAAAGCCGUCGAGUAUUGGAAGGAAAAGCACCGCAUCAUGAAAUUUAUUGUAACACAAGCCAAGAUCCAGAAAGAACUGAAGGUUGGCCGCGUCAUUGUCAUUACGCAGGGCAAGCACUACAAUAAACUGGCCAUUCUACUCAACACCAAAUCUGUCACGGGCAAGGAUACAGUCUAUAAGGUGCUAGUGCUGGAUCAUCAAUUCAAGGCCAAGGAUAGCAACAGCCUCCAGCAAAGCGAGCUCUACUACAAAAUACUGUCGUUGACGCCGAGAAACAUGACCUUCCAGCCCGAGGGAAUCGGGGGACACACUGUGCUGGACAUCAAGGCUAUAGACAUUAUCAAUAUCACCAAGAGCACAUUGAAAGUCGAUGCAGACGCGAUUAUCCGGAAUUGGGAGCAGCGGCAGCUGGAGAGAUUCAAGGAUUCGCCGCCUGGUGGAUCGGUGGUCAAGGCCGUGACCGAGCUAAACCAGCUUAAUGAGAGUUACAUUGCCAGCGCGGAUAACAUCAAAUACGUGAAUCUGUCCAAGGAGAUAGUCGUGAGUGCUGACAGCGAGCUGGCAAUGCUUAACUACGUAGAUCACCUGAGACGUCAGGUGGGUGAAUUGCUGCCCCAUACCAACAUUGCCGGAUUCGAACAAGAGUUUGCCAAAGUUUACGAGCGCCGAAUGCUGGAGAUACACAUUGAGGAACUGCGCUUCAAGAACUCUGCUAAGAAUUUGACUCUCUAUCCGGACUACUGCAACAAGCUGCAGGUGCUGCGAGCCCUGAAAUACAUAGAUGAACUGGACGAGGUUACGCUUAAGGGGAAAGUGGCCUGUGAGAUGGGCCAAAACGAGCUUCUAAUCACGGAACUCAUCCUGUGCAACAUGUUCAACGAUCUGGAGCCGGCAGAAAUAGCCGCCUUGCUGUCUGGCCUCGUCUUCCAGGCGAAGUUGCGAGAUAAACCGGUAAUACCAGAGGCGAUGAAGAAGUGCGUGGAGGCCUUUGAGCAGAUUAACGAUACAAUUCUUGCCGAGGAGCAGCGCUUCCAGGCAGCCAUCGAGACCGAUAAUCGCCUUAACUUUGGCCUGUUGGAGGUGGUCUACGAGUGGGCUAGAAAUAAGCCCUUUGCUGAGAUUAUGAAACUGACCACCGUGCAGGAGGGCAUCAUUGUACGAUGCAUCCAGCAGCUGAACGAAACCCUGCGUGAUGUUAAAACGGCUGCCAUUCGGAUUGGAAAUCCUGGACUGCAGUCUAAGAUGGAAGAGGCAUCGGCGGCUAUCAAGCGCGAUAUUGUGUUCACCGCAUCCUUGUACACAGAGCUGUAG